GUAAAGAACACAAAAUUCCACUAUAAGAAAAACAAAACACUUCCUUCUCCAAUUUUAACCAUAAUGGGGUGUUUCAACUUUCGCUCCUCCAAAUCUCAAGCCUCCAUGAAGCCCUCUAACUCCAUUCAAUCUCCUCGGAGAAACCCCGACCCCGAACAGCUCAAACAAGAAAUACUUUUACAGAUACAAGGAUGUAGAGUUCAUUUAAUGGAUGGAGGAGAAGCUCUAGAACUUGCCAAUGGAGAGUUUAAACUCGAAAGAAUCUUGGAAAACGAAGUUUCUCUCGCAACAAUUGUAAAAGUUGGCGACGAUCUUCAAUGGCCUCUAACUAAAGAUGAACCUGUAGUGAAACUUAACUCAUUGAACUAUCUGUUUUCAUUGCCAAUGAGAGAUGGUGAUCCUUUAAGCUAUGGAGUGACAUUUUUGGAGCAAAAUAGCAGCAGUUUGAACUGGCUGGACUCGUUUUUGAAGGACAAUUCUUGCUUCUCUUCGUCGUCAUCGUCGUUGUGUAAUGCGAAUAAUAAGAGCAUGAUUAAUUGGAAGGAGUAUGCGCCGAAGAUUGAUGAUUAUAAUAACAUUUUGGCUAAGGCAAUUGCUGAAGGAACUGGGCAGAUUGUGCAGGGGAUUUUCAAGUGCAGUAAUAGUUAUGCCAAUCAGGUGAACAAAGGAGGUGAAAUGAUUCUUAAUAGUCCUCCUCCAGUUGCAAGUGUAGAAAGAUCAGUAAGUUCUCCUAGUGCCACCAAAAACAACAAAACUUCAAUCAACCAAAGCUUAAAACGUGUAAGAAAAAUGACGAAGAUGACAGAGAAGCUGAGUAAAUCGAUGCUAGACAUGGUUGGAGUAGCUUCCGGAUCAGUGAUGGGUCCUGUGAUGAAAUCCCAAGCAGGAAGAGCCUUCUUUGCCAUGGUUCCAGGGCAAGUGCUGUUGGCAUCAUUAGAUGCAGUCAACAAGAUAAUGGAUGCAGCAGAAGCAGCAGAAAAGCAAGCACUUUUGGCAACAACACAGGCGACAACAAGAAUGGUGUCAAACAAAUUUGGUGAAAGUGCAGGGGAAGCAACUGGGGAUGUUCUUGCAACAGCAGGCCAUUGUGCAAAUACUGCUUGGAAUGUGUUCAAAAUUAGGAAGGCCAUUAAUCCAGCUUCUUCUGUUUCUGCUGGAGCCCUCAAGAAUGCUGCAAAAACUAGAAACUUUUAGCCACAAAAAUGGCUGAAACUCCCUUAAUAUACAAAAUUAUUGUUUUAAUCUCCACCCAUCGUUUGUUCAAAUGACUUCGAAUCAUGUAUCUAGGAUUUGAUAACGUCCCUUUAAGUUUCCUUAGCAAUCAAAUGUAAUAUGGUAGGUCUUGUGAAAGACUAGUUGAUGCAUGCAUGUGUAAUACUAGUUCUCUUGUUUAGUGAAAUCACAAAGUACUAAAAUAUUUUAAUCUUUGAAGUUUUAGGUA